AUGAGUCUGAGCGACGCCCAGGCCCCGGAGGGAUUGUUUCUCUAUAUCUCCGUGCAACGGGUUCUCCACGACGUAGGAAUACCCGCUGUUGAGCCCUGGGCCACCUCGUACAUCGAUGCUGUCCACGACGGAAGGUUCGGCGAUGCGAUAUGGGCACGCUACCAUAUCUUUGGAAAUGUGAUAAAUGGUAUGAUUGAGAAAUUGACUGUGCUUGAGAGCAUCACAGAGGAUGCAAUGGGAUACAAGAAAUUUGCACCAGAAGAUUAUGCUGCGGCUGUGGCUUUCUACACAGAUAGAAUGAACAGUGCAGACACACACCCCGAGGUGAUCGAGAUAAUCUUGCGUAUUGACAAGGAAGAUCUUAGUGGUAUAGAGCUUGUUGACGGCCUCUAG